AUGGCCGACUGUCCCGGUGGAAACUGCAGUCUACGAAUUCUCACCCGCGAACAAAAGCGUCAAGAAUUUGAGUACGACCUCGCAAAUCCCCAGGAGACCUGGCAAGACUUCCGAUGGAGAAUGCUCAACCUCAGUCAGGGAUAUCUGCAAGGUGAUUGGGACAUGCCGAUGGUCGAAGAAUUCUUACACGACUUGUGGGACGAGCUCAUCCACGUAGCAAAAAGACAUCCUGCUGACAGUGCCGAACAUGACCGCCUUGUGACACUGAUUCUGGAGGCUCGAGAGUGCGGGCCCAUCACACGCAAGAAAAAGAACGCCCCUGCCGAUGAGGAACCAGAACCAGUGGUCUUACCCAAUGGACAGCGCCUGUGGAGUGAUCUCCCCCAUCUUGUUCAGGAGUUCCAGGACGCCUGGAUGAAGGAGUCCAUGGGUUAUACAGCAGCGCAGCGAGAGGGGCUAGCGGCGCUCACUGCUAGACUGUGUGCGGUUGGAGUUUUCCCGUCGGAGCUUGGUCGUUGCGCGCUGUGGUUGUUCAAGGAGACGGUUGAGACGGAGAGACCGUUAAGCCGGGCAGAGGGAGAGGUGGAUGCGACCAAUGCAGCGGUCCCCGUUGUUGACCUUCUUCCCGCAUGUCUUGCGUGGUUGAAGUACAACAGCUUCAAUCUUGCCAGAUUUACAGCAACCAAUCAUGACUAUCCAGCUCCGACCAUGGGUGAUGACGUCCCAGCUUCAACUACGCCGGGUGACCUCGCUCCCAAGUCUGAGUUUCCGUGCAGUGGCUUCAGCAUUCCCCGAUGGGUGUUCUGGAGGCGACGCUACAAACACUUUUAUCAUUGCGGAAACGAACAGCUCGCCAAGCUGGCCAGGGCUUGCUUUGAAGAAGCGGUGUUUAAAGGGACGAGGAUGGGCAUUGAGCUCCCUGGCGAGAAAGUAUUUCUCGUCAGGAUCUUUGAAGCUCUUGAUAUGGAGCUUGCCGCACGAGGUAUGCAAGGAAGUGUGAAUCCAGAAGAAAUUGAGAUUGACAUGGAUUGGGCUGAGGAUUGA